CUGCAUUAUGUGAGCAUUAGAGUCUCAUUUGAAGUUGUCUGUUUCUGGAUCUGAAAGAAUAAGACCGGUCCAUUUCUCUUUCCCGUGGGGUUUGGAGGUAAUCCGAUCUAAACAUGGCAGAUGAAGAAAAUGAGGAGGAAGUUGCAGAAACCCCCACAGAGGAAGUCGAGGUUGAAGUCCCAGCAGAGGAAGAUGCUGCUCCUGCAGAGGAAGCUAUAACAGAACCUGCCCCAGAACCUGUAGAAGAGCCCACGCCAGACGUAGAACCAGAACCAGAGCCAGAGCCAGACGUAGAAGCCGGUGGAGAGACUCAAGAUUCCAAAGCCAAACCAAAAAGUUUUAUGCCAAAUGUUGCCCCUCCAAAGCUACCAGAGGGAGAUGGUAAAGUCGAUUUUGACGACCUGCACAGGAAGCGUCAAGAGAAGGACAUGGCUGAGCUGACCUCUCUGAUUGAGUCUCACUUUGUCCAGAGGAAGAAAGAUGAAGAUGAGCUCAUCAGUCUCGUCAACAGGAUCGAGAAGCGUCGUACCGAGAGGGCAGAGCAGCAGAGGAUUCGCACUGAGCAAGAGAAAGAGAGGCAGGCCCGUCUAGCCGAAGAGAAAGAGAGGAGGGAGCAAGAUGAACAGCGRAGGAAGCACGAUGAUGACGCCAAGAAGAAGAAGGCCCUCACUACCAUGACUCACACGUACGGUGGCAUCCAACAGAAGCAAGAGGGCAAGAAGGGAGCCAAGAAGCAGACUGAGAGAGAAAAGAAGAAGAAGAUCCUGGCUGACAGAAGGAAGGCUCUGAUCAUCGACCAUCUCAACGAGGACAAACUUAAGGAGAAGGCCAAUGAGCUGUGGCAGUGGAUGAUGGAGCUGGAGGCGGAGAAGUUCGACCUCAGCGAGAGACUGAAGAAGCAGAAAUACGACUGCCAAGGGCAGAGGCAAGGCCAAGGCGGUCCGGAGGUAAUGAGACCUGGCAGGAUGAAGUCUCCAGGACCGAGACGCCAGACGAUGAUGGGGGAUUGUUUUGUUGUUCUCCUUGUUAUCAGUGCACAUGCAAAUUACUAUGGAAAUGUGCUGUUGUCACGGUCACUGUUUGCUGUGGAUGAGGCUAGAAACAAUAAAAAUAUGUUUGCUUUUGAUUGUGUCUGAUUUAAUAUCAAAGAAAAAUAAUAAAAAGUUG